AAAAAAAAAAAAAAAAAAACCAUUCCAAAGGUGGAACUUGUCAUUAUUAUUCUUAUAGGAAACUCCUUCACCUUUUAUAUAUAAACAAAUGCCAUCUCCAACAAAAUUCCAUCAUUUCAAGGUCACAACAUUCCAUGGUUUAGUUUAUUGUGAUUACUGUGCAAAGAUGCUUUGGGGUCUAGCUAGACAAGGUGUUCAAUGUUCAGAAUGUGGAUAUCAUUGUCACGAUAUUUGUAAGGAUAUGGCUCUCCAAUGCCGACCUCCAAGACGGUUUAGUCCUGACUCUUUAUCAGUUACUGAUUCUGAAGCUGAAUCUAUUGGUAAACAUUCCUCACCACGUGGGUCUUUAGAUAUCAAACAACAACAACAACAAAAUAAUGGAACAGACGAUUCUACUUUUACUACAACCAGGUCUACUAGUUAUCCUCACAGUUUAUCAAAAAGACAUCAACAAUUGUAUUUGGAUGCUACUUAUAACAAUUAUACACAACAAAAAGAAGAAGCUUUAAAGUCUCCUACUUACUCCUCCACUCCUAUUGAUUCUUCUCAACGAGCACCUGUGAAAGCAUAUCGAAAAGCAUUGAAACAACAGGUACAACAUUCUCUUCUCUCUUCGUCACUUCCUGGUGAAGCCAAUGACGGAUCCAUGAUGACUCCUCAACAAACAGCAAAAACAUUUACUCGACUGGUUGCGCGAUCUCGUGCCUUUUCCCAUCUUAGUCGUUACUUUUAUGAUAUUUAUGAUUGGAAAUCAUCUACCAAAUCUUUGACCUAUGUUAUAUUAUGGUCCUUAUUAUGCUUAUACCCCAUGAUAGUGAUCUUACUUCCUCCAAUAUUGAUCAUCCUUCUCUUCUUUCGUUCUGGUGUACAAAACCGACCUGCCAACCAAAUCCUAUUACCACGUUAUGAUGAGGGAACACCUGAAUACUAUGUCAACUUGGAACGAAUGCAAUCAACCAUGGUGUUUAUGAUCCGACUGUAUGAUAAUCUAUCUUAUCAUUUACAACAUGCAUCUUUGAAUGAAAAUGUAUAUCGUAUGUUAUUUGUCAUGAGUGUGAUGCUAACAGUACUUUUGUAUAUGAUGGGUCGAUGGUUGGUGUUGACAUUUGGUUUGGUGGUUUUAUUGAACAAGACUUGGUUAGGUGGCGUUUUGGAAACUGUCAUCCAGAUGGUCAUGGAAAUGUUGCAAACAAUAAUAGAUGUGAUUCAACGUAUUACUUUUCCUCGUCAUCGACAAAUCCCAACUUCAUUGGAAGUUUCUUUAUAUGAAAAUCAACGUUGGUGGGCUGGUACUGGUUAUACAUCCCAGUUAUUAAGAUCAGAACGUACACCUUGGUCUAAUAUCACUGGUACUGAACCUUUACCAAGUAAAGAAAAUAUGCCUCCACCAAGUCAUUAUCAAUGGGCAGAUGAUGAUUGGCAAUUAGAUAUGACAGGACCUUGGUCGGAUGAAAUUUUAGGCUUAGUAUCUCUGAUUGAAUGUGAUGAACAAGGAUGGGUUUAUUCAGAUCACAAAUGGGCCAAUCCAAGAAGUCGACCUGAAUCAUUAAAAGGUGAAAGUGCAAGAGCUUUAACACGAAGACGACGAUGGUAUCGAAAAGCAAAACCUAUGGAACCUACAACAAAAAAGAAGAUUUGAUUCCCCCUCCUUCUAUUAUUAUUAUUAUUUAUUAUAUAUCCCUCUUUUUUUUUUGUAUUCAUUUUUUUUAUAUAUAUAUUAAAUAAAAGAAAAAUCAUGAUUCUUUGUUAUUUUUGAAAACCAUCUUUUUUUUUUUAAGGAUUCUUCCAAAAAUC